GAGACGAGAGGGAUGCUCGCACUGAGAGAGACGGAGCUCUCUUCAAUCUCCAUUCAUGGCGGUCAACAGAACUCCCGCGACCUUGCUUGACUCAGUAGCUCCCCUUCCCUUCUUCUCCCUACCCUUCUUCCUCCUCGCCCUCGUCACCGCAGCGACGGCGAGCGUGAGCUCCAGUGUCUACAACAGCACCGGAUUCUUCAGCCUCAAGUACCGAUUCGCCGGUCAGGAGCGGUCUCUGAGCGCCCUCAAGGCUCACGAUACCCAGCGCCAGCUCCGAAUUCUCGCUGGCGUCGAUCUCCCGUUGGGCGGAAUCGGCCGCCCCGACGCUGUUGGGCUAUAUUAUGCUAAGAUUGGGAUCGGUACCCCUUCAAAGGACUACUAUGUACAAGUCGAUACUGGAAGUGACCUUAUGUGGGUCAAUUGCAUUCAGUGCAAGGAGUGCCCCAAAAGAAGCUCUCUUGGUAUAGACCUCACACUCUACAAUGUUGAGGACUCGGACUCUGGUAAAUUGGUUCCCUGUGAUAACCAAUUUUGCUUAGAGGUAAAUGGAGGUUCAUUGCCAGAUUGCAAAGCUAACUUGUCCUGCCCGUAUAUUGAGAUAUAUGGUGAUGGUAGCUCUACUGCGGGGUACUUCAUGCAAGAUGUUGUACAGUAUGCUCGAGUUUCUGGAGAUCUUGAAACUACAACGGCCAAUGGAAGUGUUAUAUUUGGAUGUGGUGCUAGACAAUCAGGCGACCUAAGCUCAUCAAAUGGAGAGGCACUUGAUGGAAUUCUCGGUUUUGGAAAAGAAAAUGCAUCAAUGAUCUCUCAAUUAGCUUCAUCCGGGAAUGUGAAAAAGAUGUUUGCUCAUUGCUUGGAUGGUACAAAUGGUGGAGGCAUCUUUGCUAUUGGACAUGUUGUGCAGCCAAAAGUUAAUACAACUCCUUUGGUUCCGAACCAGCCACAUUACAGUGUUAAUAUGACCGGUGUUCAAGUGGAUUUUGAAUUUCUGAAUCUCACUAGAGAUGUAUUCGAGGGAGACAGCAGAGGGACCAUACUCGACAGUGGUACAACUUUGGCCUAUCUUCCAGAAGUUAUUUAUGACCUAUUAAUUAACAAGAUUAUCUCAUGGCAGCCUAAUCUGAAAAUUCACACAGUUCGUGAUGAAUACACAUGUUUUCAGUUCUCUGAAAGUGUUGAUGAUGGAUUUCCUAAUGUUACUCUCCAUUUUGAAAAUUCACUCACUCUCAAGGUUUAUCCUCACGACUAUCUAUUUCCCUAUGAUGGAUUGUGGUGUAUUGGAUGGCAAAACAGUGGUUUGCAGCCGAGUGACCAGAGGAACGUGACACUUUUGGGAGAGUUAGUGCUCUCAAAUAAGUUGGUGGUGUAUGAUCUCGAGAAUCAGGUCAUUGGAUGGACAGAAUACAACUGCUCUUCAAGCAUCAAACUGCAAGACGAUCACAGCGGGACGGUACAUCUAGUGGGUUCUCAUUACAUUUCUUCUGGGUGCUCUCUGCUAAAACCAGGGGCAUCGAUUACUUUCGUACUGUUAGCGGUACUGCUGCUGAUAUUAAAAUUGUGAUUGAAGGCAGAAGCACUUUUCUAAUUAAAAGGCCAAGAAUUAACAUAGGAAAAGGAAAUCAUUACGAAACUAGUUGGCAAAAAUGUGCAGUAUGUGCUACUUUGGGUUACUCUGAUGGAAAGCUUUCGUGGUUGGCAUGAAAGCUUCAUAGAAAGGGUAUUGUGCUCGACUUCUCCUUUGGCCGAGUUGCUAUCCCAGUUAUUUUUGUUCCCAAGGGAAGUUUGGUUCUCUUGUAUGGUAAGGCUUGUAUAGAAACUCUACAGGAUUUGUGUUGAAAAGAAUUAGUAAACAAAAGAAAACAGAGAGGUCUGCAAAUAUGUCUUUUCUUGUG